AACCGGCAGUGCAAGAGUUCGUGCAUCUCCUGGGCCCGAAACAAAUGUGGCAUGGAGUAUCGAGUAUCCCCAUUUGGUCCUGCCCAGGGCGUGCGCGUUCCAAGCUGUUCCCAGAAGGAGCUUACGGAACUUCUUGUGCAAGCGCUUCUCUUUAGGAUUGGGCAUCGGAGUUGGACCUCUUCUGCUAGGACAGCGAAAGACGCUCCACCCACCUUCGCGUGAUCGGGAAGGAUGGACGGAACGAUGUGGUUAGAGCAUUUCCCCGACGCCUUUACUAUCGGAACUUCUUAAGAGCGAUCAUGAUCCAUGUGGUGAUUCAUUUCGUCGAGACCCGCACCCUGUUGCGCAUUGCCACUUUAAUGCUGUAGCCCAUUCUCGACAUCAAGGAAGCGCAACUUCGACCCAGGUGUCUUCGCCAUCGGACCACGCCGACUUCAACAACUCACUUUAUUGGGGUUUCUCCCUUUUCACACGCCCCACAAGCAAAGUAAGUGUUGUGCUGAAGAUCGCUGCAAACGCCUCAGUUAGUUCUUCGAACCAAGAGGGUGCAUGAUCGAGGAGACCUUUUGUUCUACCGUACGAAAUCCGUAGUCGGCGUGCUAUUCGUAAUUGCUUCUGCAUAGCAACUAUAUGGGCUGACAAAGCAGAACCGCUUAUGUUCUCCGAUGGCGUACUACUCCGUCGGCAGAGAUCGGUUGUUGGACGUAGUGGCCCGGACCUGCGACCCAUCCUUCAGAAUCAUAGGUGCCCAUCAUGUUCAUUGUUGAAACGGGAUGCUGGCCUGGAUACGCAUGGGCGAUGGGGGGCUCUCAGGCUGGUUUGAAGUCACACGGGGAUUUCCACAUGGAUGCCUGACGUCAUUUUCACUCUACCACAUCUAAUUUCCAGCGGGAUGAAGGUGGUGCUCGUACAGUGUAUAAGUC